AUGAAGCAGCGUUGUCUUGCGACGAUACCCAACGGUAACGAUGCCGAGUCGCCCCGACUCAGCGGCCAAGGGCGCAACACGGCGCACUUUCAUUCAUCGAAUCAAAAGAAUGGCGUCCUUGGAGAAGAGGCGGAUCAGCUGCACAGGCCACGCCAAACAUGUGAAGUCGAGAAGCCACAGAAGGACCAUCGGCGCAUGGGCGCCCUGUCCAGUGGACCCUUCCAUCUUCCGCGGAACGCUAGGCCAGGUCCGGCAUUGAGCGAGAGCUCGUGUCUGAUCAUCGCUGCUUUAAACAUUCUCGAUGUUGAACGCUUAGUCACUUCAUUACGGCAUCCUAUCUUGAAAGCACUUUGCCUUGCUCCCGAGGCUCAGGAUAUCGUCGUGAGCAAGCGUUUGACGAAUGCUAUGAACAUCAAAGACGCCAUCCAAUCAGAAGCUCUUGGUCAAAGACUGGACGUCGCGGCUCUCUGCCCUCUCGGCUCCGAAAGCUGGUCCAAGCGUCUGAUGCAAUUCGAUAAGAUCUCUAUCGAUAAGGUAGAGAUCCAGACCACACUUUUCUGCCGAUAG